AUGUCAUCCAAUUCCGCCGGAGACACAAUCGCCGGCAACUUCCCCAAUGCCGAGAACGCCGAAACCCUAAACCUCAAUUCCACCGAGCUCUACUUAUCAGCAGUUUCCUCUCUUUCUCCACAACCCCCUCCACCAAAACCACCGUUAUCAUCUCUUUCAAUCCCUCAAUCAAAGCGAAUCCCCAAAACCAACUUCAUCGUCGACCUAUUCCGCUUCCCACAAUCCUCCGAUUCCUCCUCCUCCUCCUCCGUCGCUUUCUUCCUCUCACACUUCCACUCCGAUCACUAUUCCGGCCUCUCCUCUUCAUGGUCCCGAGGAAUCAUCUACUGCUCUCCCAAAACCGCUCUCCUCGUGAAACAAAUCCUCCAAGUCCCGUCGCAGUUCGUCUUCCCUCUACCGAUGAAUCAAAUAGUUGCGAUCGACGGCUCCGAAGUUUCUCUAAUCGAUGCAAAUCACUGCCCAGGAGCCGUACAGUUCCUGUUCAAAGUCAAAUCAGAGAACGGCGGUUUUGAGAGGUACGUUCACACCGGAGAUUUCAGAUUCUCCGAUUCGAUGCGAUUCGAUUCGUCUCUCAUCGGCUUUAUUGGGUGCGAUGGUGUUUUCCUAGACACGACUUAUUGCAAUCCGAAAUUCGUUUUCCCCAAGCAAGACGAGUCGGUUGAUUAUGUGGUUAAUGUGAUAGAUAAGAUUGACGAAGAAGAGACUAAGGAAACGAAGAAGAAAGUUUUGUUUCUUGUUGCGACUUAUGUUAUUGGUAAAGAGAAGAUUCUGAUUGAGAUCGCAAAGAGAUGCAAAAGGAAGAUCUUUGUGGAUGCGAGGAAAAUGUCGAUUUUGUCUAUAUUAGGAUGUGGAGAGGAAGGAAUGUUCACAGAGGAUGAAGAUGAGAGUGAUGUUCAUGUUGUGGCAUGGAAUGUUUUAGGUGAGACUUGGCCGUAUUUUCGACCGAAUUUCGUGAAGAUGAAUGAGAUUAUGGUUGAGAAAGGUUAUGAGAAAGUUGUGGGAUUUGUGCCUACAGGGUGGACUUAUGAAGUGAAGAGGAAUAAGUUUGCUGUGAAGUGUAAAGACUCGAUGGAGAUUCAUCUUGUACCGUAUAGCGAGCAUUCGAAUUAUGAUGAGCUUAGAGAGUAUAUAAAGUUCUUGAAGCCUAAGAGAGUGAUUCCUACGGUUGGAGUUGAUGUAGAGAAGUUUGGUAGUAGGGAGGUUUGUAAGAUGCAGAAGCAUUUUGCUGGAUUGGUUGAUGAAAUGGCGAACAAGAAACAGUUUUUGUUGGGGUUUUAUCGUCAGUCGUAUCAGAAGAAUGAUGAGAAUCAGAAAGAUGAGAAGAAGUGUGAAGACGGUGUAGAUAAUGAUCCCUUGUUGCAUGAUAAAGCUCCAAGAAGUGAGUCUUUGGUGACUGAAAGAUUGCUGAUAGAGCUACGUGAUUCUUUGCCUGCGUGGGUUAAUGAAGAGCAGAUGUUAGAACUGAUUAACAAACACGAUGGUAAUCCCGUAGACAUAGUAAGCAACUUUUAUGAACGUGAAGCAGAGUUUUACAAGCAAUCCUCUCUCGCGACGUCUUCCUUGGAAAAUCAGGCUGUUUUGUUUGAUGACGACUUGCAACUGAAGCCUUUUAAGGGCACUUGUGUAGAUGGUCAAGCAAGUCAAAAAGUUUUUGACUUACCAAGCAAAAUGGGUUUGACAAAGAGUAGUAUAUCUCCUAGGAAGAGAGGCAGAAGCAUAGAAAGCAAGUCAAACAAGAAGGCCAAGAAAGAUCAGAAAGUGAAACCAGUUGUUGGUCCAGCGCAGUCAACCAUAACUAAGUUCUUCAAUAAGGUCUUGGAUAGUGGAUCUAACUCUAUUGGUGUUGGUGCUGAGACGAAAGAGGGCGGUGCAGAUGAAAAUGUGGUCCGUGAUUAUGCUACAGAACCAUACAAAGAAGUAACAGAUCAGUUUCUUGAGAUUGUUAAUGGUUCUGAAUCUUUAAGAGAUUAUGCUGCUUCAAUUAUUAGUGAGGCUAAAGGAGAUAUAAACAAGGCAUUGAACAUCUAUUACAGUAAGGAAACACCUGGUGAGCAUGCAGAUGACGGUGGAGUAGGACUCUCUACCAAAUCAAUUCAGCUUCCGCAAUGUCCAGAAGCGUGCUCCUCUCAGGACGACGCGUCAGAAAAGUCAGGACUUGCAGUUAACUUAUGUGGGAAGACGACAUCAGCAGAGGAAACUGUGGACAAAAACUAUGUAUCUCUGCCUCCUGAAAAGUAUAACCCCAAAGAGCAUGCUUGUUGGAAGGAGGGACAGGCUGCUCCAUAUCUCCACCUCGUCCGAACAUUCGCGUCCGUUGAAGGUGAAAAGGGAAAGAUCAAAGCUACGUCUAUGCUUUGCAACAUGUUUAGAAGCUUGUUGGCUCUCUCUCCAGAAGAUGUGCUGCCAGCUGUUUAUCUUUGCACAAAUAAGAUUGCCGCUGACCAUGAGAAUAUUGAGCUUAACAUUGGUGGAAGUCUGAUCUCUUCUGCAUUGGAAGAAGCAUGUGGAAUAAGCCGGUCUACUAUGAAGGAGAUGUAUAACAGAAUUGGGGAUCUUGGGGACGUUGCUCAGCUAUGUCGACAAACGCAAAAGCUACUGGUUCCUCCACCUCCACUUCUACUUAGAGAUGUGUUUGCAACCCUACGAAAGAUAAGUGUGCAGACAGGUACUGGAAGUAACAGGCAAAAGAAAAACCUGAUCGUGAAGCUAAUGCGGUUUUGUAGAGAGAAAGAGAUCAAAUUUCUAGUUAGAACAUUAGCUCGUAAUUUAAGGAUUGGCGCUAUGUUGAGAACCGUUCUUCCUGCACUGGGGCGAGCAGUCGUUAUGAAUUCUCUCUGGAAUUGCCAUAACAAUGAACCAUCAGAGAACUGUUUCAGAGAGAAACUUGAGGGUAUUUCCGCUGCAGUAGUUGAGGCUUACAAUAUACUUCCUUCUCUGGACGUGGUUGUUCCUUCUCUCAUGGACAGAGACAUUGAGUUCUCAACAUCAACUCUGUCAAUGGUCCCAGGGAUACCUAUAAAACCCAUGCUUGCAAAAAUCACUAACGGGGUUCAAGAUGUUUUCAAGAUCUUCCAAGACAAGGCUUUUACAUGUGAAUACAAAUAUGAUGGCCAGCGUGCCCAGAUCCAUCAGUUACUUGAUGGUAAUGUGCGUAUCUUCUCUCGAAAUGGGGAUGAGUCAACUUCUAGAUUUCCGGAUCUGGUCAGUGUUGUAAAACAGUUUGCUUCCCCAGCUGCUGAGACAUUCAUGUUGGACGCAGAGGUGGUUGCAACUGAUAGAAAGAAUGGAAAUAAACUCAUGUCGUUCCAAGAGUUGUCAACAAGAGAGAGAGGGAGCAAAGAUACUUCGGUAACUACAGAAAGCAUUAAGGUUGAAGUCUGCGUCUUUGUAUUUGAUAUCAUGUUCCUCAAUGGUGAACAGCUGUUGGCUCUUCCCCUCCGUGAUAGACGAAAACGUCUAAAGGAGGUCUUCCCCGAGACUAGGCCGGGCUAUCUUGAGUAUGCUAAGGAAAUCACUGUGAGAGCAGAAGAAGCGUCUUUGAAUAAUCAAGAGACCUUGAGUAGCAUAAAUGCUUUUCUAGAAGAAGCAUUUCAGUCAUCAUCUGAAGGAAUCAUGGUCAAGUCUUUAGAUGUUGAUGCCGGAUACUACCCUACAAAACGUUCUGAUUCAUGGCUCAAGGUUAAGCGAGAUUACGUAGAUGGAUUGGGUGACACAUUGGAUUUAGUUCCUAUAGGUGCUUGGCAUGGCAAUGGGAGAAAAGCAGGAUGGUAUAGUCCAUUCCUCAUGGCCUGUUUCAACCCCGAGACCGAGGAGUUCCAGAGUGUCUGCCGUGUCAUGUCUGGCUUUUCUGAUGCCUUUUACAUCGAGAUGAAAGAGUUGUACUCGGAGGACAAGAUCCUAUCGAAAAAGCCGGCUUACUACAGAACAGGGGAGACACCGGACAUGUGGUUUCCGGCAGAGGCUGUUUGGGAGAUCAGAGGUGCGGAUUUAACAGUCUCACCUGUGCACCAUGCAGCUUUGGGUCUGGUCCAUCCGUCAAGAGGCAUCUCUGUUAGGUUUCCGAGGUUUAUCGGUAGAGUGAACGAUAGAAAUCCUGAGGAGUGCAGCACGGCUGCUGAUAUUGCAGAGAUGUUUCAUGCUCAAACCAGAAAAAUGAACAUCAAGUCUCAACACUAA